GGUGUGAGCUAGAAUCCGGUGCAGAGAUCGCUGGCAAAGCGCAAGACCCCAGGUACAGUCAUGGCUCCCCAAAAUGCCUUUCUUCUGCUGGUUAUCCUGGCUGAUACCAUCCACGGGCAACAACAACAACAGUUGAUGGAGUACAUGGAAAGAAGGCUGGCCGUCUUAGAGGAGCGGAUCUCCCAGUGGCACGAUCAGAGCAGUCGUUACUCCACUGAGCUGAGGGAUUUUAAAAACAAGGUGCUGUCCAUGCUGGAAUCCGUGGAGAAAGAACGGGAGACCAUCCGGGUGGAGGUAGAGAACACAGCAGUGAGGGUGGAUCGGCUGGAGCGUGAGGUGGACUACCUUGAAACCCAAAAUCCUGCUCCACCUUGUGUGGAGGUAGAUGAGAAGCUUGUGGAAAAUCAGGUCUCCACAGGCAAAAAGCGCAAGAAUGAGAAGUACGAGAUACUGACAGAUUGCAGUGAUACUAUCUCCCAAGUGAAAUCCAUGAAGAUUCUAAAGCGUUUUGGCAGCACUGCUGGACUGUGGACCAAAGACCCAUUAGGGAAUUCAGAGAAGAUCUAUGUGUUUGAUGGCACCAGCAAUGAUACGGUAUAUGUUUUUCCCAGGAUGAGGGAAUUCACACUCUUUUCUGCUACCCGAAAGGCAGCACGUAUCAGGCUACCCUAUCCAUGGGUGGGCACGGGACACUUGGUAUAUGGGGGCCACCUUUAUUAUAUCCGGCGACAUGGCACAUUCCAGGUCAUCAAAUUCAGUUUGGCCAACAAGACUAUUGUUGACAGCUCUGUCUUCCCUGCUGAGGAGCAGAUCCCUGUCUUUGGUCUUUCAUUUUACAACUACAUUGAUCUGGUAGCUGAUGAAGAAGGACUCUGGGCCAUCUAUGCCACACAAGAGAAUGAGAAGAAUAUUGCACUGGCCAAACUAGACCCUGCAUCACUAGACAUAGAGCAAAUGUGGGACACACCGUGCCCCCGGGAGAACGCGGAGAGUGCCUUUGUCAUCUGUGGAGCCCUCUAUGUGGUGUACAAUACCCGGCUGCCCAGUCGGUCCCGUAUCCAGUGUGUCUUUGAUGUCAGUGGCUCUAUGGCGUCUGAAGAUGCUGCCCUGGUCUAUUUCCCCAAGCGGUAUGGUUCUCACUCCAGUAUGAAAUACAACCCCAAAGAGAGACAGAUCUAUGCCUGGGAUGAUGGCUAUCAGAUCAUCUACCGUAUGGAGAUGAAGAAGAAGACUGAGGUCUGAG